AUGCCUUUUGAUUACCGCCGAUUUAAUGGUCCAGAAGAUAGUGUUUCAUAUAAACGCUUUUCUGCAAAUUUUCUGCGAACCUACGAUGAACUAUAUAAAGACUUACUAGAUGAAAACGGUAAAAGGAAGGAUGGGCGCGCAUUGAAUGAAGCACGAAGUUUGUGUACGUCUUUCACUAGAACAAAUAUAGUAUCGCAAGCUAAAGGGUCGGCAUAUGUAGAACUUAACAAAACAAAGGUUAUUUGUUCCGUUUUUGACCCUAGAGAAAUAACUGGUCAUCAGAAUGAAUAUAGUUGGUUUGGCCAAAUCUAUUGUGAAGUUAAAUUCGCGCCAUUCUGUUGCCCUCGGAAAAGAAGACAACUUGUUCCAGAUUCAGAUGAAAAAGCUUUAUCAGCUGAUCUAAAAAAAGCUCUAGAGACUGUAGUCAGGAGAGAUAAAUUCCCUAAUUUUCAGAUGGACAUAUUUGUUUACAUCUUAGAACAUGAUGGUGGUUGCUUAUCUGCAGCAAUAAAUGCUGCAGGAUUAGCAUUAGCAGAUGCAGUGGUGCCAAUGUAUGAUAUUGUUUCAGCCAGUUCAGUUGCUAUAAUCAAUGAUCAGAUUAUUGUUGACCCUACAGAAGCGGAAGAGCAUUUAGCUUUAAUGUACACUGAUAAAGAGAAAAACCAUGGCAUAGUAACAAUGUGUUUUAUGCACCAUUUAAAACAAGUUACAGACUUUCGGCAAAUUGGUUCAGUAGAUGCUGAAUGUGUAUUGAAAGUUAUGGCUAUACUAGAAGAAGAGUGCGAUAAAUUAAUGUUAGUAAUAAAGAAAAUUAUGGUGAGCAAUGUUGUUAGGCAACACAAUGAGCAUAAAGUGUUAUUAGAAGAAGCAAAGUUCAGGGAAGAAGUGCUUCAAAAUAAAGUUGAGGAAUGGAGAAAGUUAUUAAACGCAGGAUGA